AUGUCUGCCAAAUAUGACCCUGCAGCUACUUUGACAAAUGCUACUUGGGUCGCUGUCAUACUGAGCGAACGAGAUGUCGCUGGUCAAAUUCCAAUUAAUUAUGUGACAAACCCUGCUGUUUCAGUGUCAGCUGCGUGCUUUGGAAACCGCAUAUAUGAUCGAGAAGCCGCUGUAAAAUGUUUCUCCAAUCUCAUAGCAAUCGGGUACCGACGUCUUGUUGUCGAUCUAUAUUGGUCGGUCAGCCGUAGGGCUUGGUCUUUCUGCCCGGUGUCUAUUCCGGUCAGAUCUGAAGCAGCUGCGUCCUCAGAGACCUCCACAACCAAGACAAGAGACUCUGCGACGACAAAUGAUGAUCCACAUGAUCGCACUCUGUAUGGGUUAGGCUCAUACAAGUGCACUGAUAAUCUCGAUCCCGGCACCUUGGCAGAAGUACUAGAUGGUUAUUUCCGAGACACAAACGAACAGUUGACCGUGUACACGACGUAUCUCGUCCUCAAUCUCCACGUUGCCGCAAGUGGCUCCACGCCAGAUGAGCCUGCUUCGUCCAUAUCAGGUGGUCAAUUACCAUCAGAAACCGAGCGAGCAGGCACGAUCCUCGGAAAUGCCCUAAGCGACUUUAUUUAUACCCCAGCUCAGCUCGCCUCCGACCGAAGAAAUCUAAACGAUUCAUGGUAUCAAGUCGAGCAGAGUUAUAUGCCCAUCACAGAGUAUUUCACCGUUCAUGAAAAUGAAAAAGGCGAACAGAGCACCCCGGAUGGCUGGCCAUCGUCAAAAUACAUCCAGCUCGCGAAACGUGAUCGGCUACUGAUUGAAUAUGGCUCUAUCGAUGCCCAACUGGUGCAUUACAAUCUGUCUACCGAAGACAAUUCAGUCUUUUCUCCCGGACUCCUGACUUCCGAUGUGAAGAUCUCUGCCACCACAAACGGCACUCUUAUUUCAGGCUGUCUGUAUGACCCUGAAUUCACACGCGUGUCUCAAACUAAGUCAUCAUGGGCUCUAUCCAAUCAACUCCCUGUCCCUGAUGGUUUUUCCACAGACGAGACAAUGGAUUCGCUAGCGAAUGUUCUCUCUGACAUCACCGCUUGUGGUCUCUCGCCUAUGCUUAAUACCACUCUCUUCGGCCAGACUGCAGACCAGCAAGUUGAAUAUUACCGUAAUGUCUCCCUCUCCUCUUCCUGGGCUUGGGCAAUUGGUGAGCCACACGAUGCAAACUAUGCCGGUGGCGAUGGUGAUCCCAAGUAUGACCGCUGUGCGAUCAUGGAUCUAACGCUCGACGGCCAUUGGCGAUCCACAAACUGCACCGAGCAGCGGCGUGGCGCUUGCCGAAUCGGUCAUUCGCCUUUCUCCUGGGUCCUGUCAAACAGGUCCGACUCUUUCUCCAACGUCCAAAAUACAUGUCCACCAGGUUCAAGCUUCGCUGUACCGCGUACCGGUCUCGAGAACACAUAUCUCUACCGAUAUCUGCUUUCUCUGCCAGAGACAAAAGUCGACUUGGGUUCCGCAGAUCCCGCCCUUCGAGAGGUCUUUGUAAACUUCAACUCGAUGGAUGUUACUUCCUGCUGGGUAUCCGGUGGCUAUGAUUCGACCUGUCCCUAUGCCUCUGACCCGCAGCAACUCGAGCGCCAAACAGUGCUUGUCGCAGCAAUUGCGGGUAUCAUCAUUCUUAUCAUCGCAGCUUUGACCCUUUUUGUCAAAUGCAACGCCAACCGCCGUAAUUCCCGGCGCAGAAAGCGUCUUAUUGCAGGAUGGGAAUAUGAAGGUGUUCCCUCGUGA